CUGACCAUCUGGAGGAGAUCCUGAAGAGACAACAGCAUCAACCCCAAGAGCUCAGUUCAUCGCCAGACCACAAACCCUACGAAUGGUCCCUUAAAGUGCAGAUAGUGACCUGUUGCCUCCAUCGGCUGACCCACUGACCAAUAGCUUUCUUUCCUCAGGGCAAGAUGGCCCGGGAUAUGUCCGAUAAGGAUAUCCUGAAAAUGGAGCUGGAACAGCUUCAGAAGGAGGCGAAAAACACCAGAGAGCCUGUCUCUAAAACUGCAAAGGAGAUAUGUGAAUGGGUUGAGGCACAAUCUGCAGAAGAUCCACUCGUAAAAGGAGUUCCUGAGGACAAAAACCCAUUCAAGGAGAAGGGUGGAUGCAUAAUAACGUAGCCCAUGUGAUUUCUUGUGGAAAAACUUUGAGUGUUUUGUGUGUGUGCAAACCACACUGUGCUUAGUUUUAGUAUCAUGAAGACUGUAAGAUUUGAACAAAUGCUUGAAUCCAAAAUAUUUGGUUCAUGCUGAAUGUACUAUUUAUUAAGCAACCAUCUUCAACUAUUCGUAAAUAAAACAGGCAAAUUAGGAGAAUAAACAUUCACACGCCAUCCCACAGAAUCCUCAAUUCUUUAAUUACAGUAUGACAUGCUUCAUGGUAAUAAACCAUUCAACUUAAA